UGAAAGUGAGAUAUUCGAAUUCAAGGUUGAGACGCCGAGCCCUAUAAACAACACUUUCCAUUUAAACAAAGAAACCUUCUUUUGUGAACUUAUCAACAAUGCUUUCAAGGUAAGUAGUCCUUCAAGUUUAGUUUUGUAAAGAUUACAAAUUUCAAUUUCAUUUGUGUUUCUUUUCUAGGCUUUGGAAAAAAUUCGAUAUGAGAGGCAAACUGAGUUAGAAGCUCAAUUCAUUAGAUUGGUCCCUCAUAAGGUUAAUAAAACACUUUCCAUUAUUGAUAAUGGUAUUGGCAUGACCAAAACAGAUUUGAUUCACAAUUUGGGAAGGUCUAGUCAAUUAGGUGUUGGUUUCUACUCCGCUUUCUUGGUUGCUGACAAGGUCAUGGUCACCACCAAGCAUAACCACCAUGACCAAUACACUUGGGAAUCUCAGGGUUGUGCCUCAUUCAUUGUUACCAAGGACUCUAGUGGCCAACAACUCAGGAGGGGAACCAAAAUCACCCUCUUUCUUAAGGAGGACCAGUUGGAGUACUUAGAAGAGACGAGGAUCAAGGACCUUGUCAAGAAACACUUUCAAUUCAUCAGUUAUCCCAUUUACCUUUGGAUUGAGAAAGAAAAAUUUGUGGAUAUCGUAAGUGAACUGUUUAGGAACCGUAUACAUGAUGAUCUAACAUUCUUUGUUAUGGGGAAAUUGCCUUUAAAAUCUAUCAAGAGAUUUGGUUGUGUUUGUAAAUCAUGGGUCUCCUUACUUGAAAAUCCUCAUUUCAUGACAAUCUUUCGCAACAAUUUCUUAUCUAAUCAUUGUUCUUACUAUGAUGAUACAGUUCUUCUCCUAUGUCAAUCUUUGAACACUUAUAUCACUCAAACUCAUCAUGAGAACUUAUUUUUGCUUUCUGGUGAGAGAUUUCAGAAUAGGGUCAAAUUAGACUGGCCAAAUCUAUUUCAAGAGCAAAAUCUAGCGAAUUCCCAUAUACAUAUUUUGGGUCAUGCUAGUAUUAAUGGAAUUCUUUGCGUUAACAACCAAUAUUCCACAAUUGGACUGUGGAACCCAACUACUGAAGAAUUGAAGAUCAUUCCUCCUAGCCUAAAUAAGUUUGUACCAUCUAAUUUAGUUUAUUCAGCUGAUCCAUGUGGAUAUGGCUAUGCCUGUGAUAUAGAUGACUAUAAGGUGAUUAGUCAUGUACAAUUUCUUCUAUUUGACGACAAUGAUAACUGGAAUCGUGAAAAUGAACAUCGUGACCCCUUAUGGGAGAUAUAUAGCCUGAGAAGUAACUCUUGGAAGAAUCUUGAGAUUGAUGUGGAAGUACCCCUCAGUGAUAGGGUUGACUAUUUGUAUUUGGAUGGAAUGUGUCAUUGGCAAGGUGAUGAUUACUUGGUGUCAUUUGACUUAAGCAACGAGGUAUUCUUUAAAACACCUAUACCCUUAGAAAUACCAUCGGACAGGAUACGUUAUGAAUAUGAUGUUACUUUGGUGUUGUUAAAUGUAUCUGUUGCUUUGAUCUCGCAUUAUAUGUAUUCCUCCACUUUUUACAUAUCAAUUUUGGGUGAAGUCGGUGUGAAGGAAUCAUGGACUAAACUUUUCAUUGUUGAGCCCUUGCUUGACAUUCGACAUUCUAUCGGAGCUGGGAAGAAGGGGGAUAUUUUUUUCCGAAGUAAAGAUGACGAACUAGUCAGGUAUGAUUUAAAUACCCACAUGAUUGAGGAGCUUGAUGUUAAAGAGGUCGACAGUCUUUCACAGAUUGUAAUUUAUACGGAAAGUCGUCUUCCAAUCGAUAAAAUAAUUAAUUAGUUUUUUUUU